AUGGGGAGAUUACUAACAAAGGGUCUCUCCACAAGCCCCUGGCCUGAGUCCAACUGGACUGCCCCACGGGAGUUCAUAAUCCUGGGCUUCUCUGGGUGGCCCCCGAGCCUGCGAGUGCUGCUCUUCGGCCUGCUCCUGCCGCUCUACCUGGCCACCCUGGCAGGGAACCUGCUCAUCCUGGGCCUGGCCCUGGCCGCGCCCACGCUGCGCACACCCAUGUACUUCUUCCUGGGUGCACUGUCAGCCGUGGAGGUAGCCUACACCCUGGCGCUCACCCCACGCAUGCUGGCUGGCUUCCUCCUGCCUCCUGGGGGCCAGGCUGUGGCCCCCUCCACUUGUGCUGCCCAGAUGGGCCUUUUUGUGGCUCUGGGUGGCUCUGAGUGCCUGCUGCUGGCCGCCAUGGCCCUGGACCGCUACCUGGCCAUCUGCCACCCACUGUACUACCCUCAGCUAAUGACCGCAGGGCUCUGCUGGGUCCUUCUGGCCUGCAGCUGCACGGGCGGCUCAGUCUUGGCUGUAGGCCUCACCAGCGCCAUCUUCCAGCUCCCCUUCUGCCAUGGUGGCCUUGUCAACCACGUCUUCUGUGACCUCCCAGCUGUGCUGGUGCUGGCCUGUGGGAACCGGAAACUGCAGGAGUACGUGCUCCUGGUGGCCUGCCUGUUGCUGCUGGUGCUGCCGCUGUUCCUGAUACUGCUCUCCUAUACCAGGGUGCUUGUGGUCAUCCUGGGGGUUGGGGAUGCUGCAGGCCGGCGCAAAGCCUUCAACACAGUGGCAUCCCAUCUCACGGUGGCCGUGCUGCACUACGGCUGCGCCACGGCCAUGUACUCCAGGCCCCUGAGCAGCCGCUCCCUGGAGGAGGACAAGCUGGUGUCGCUCAUCUAUAUCAACCUCACCCCGUUGCUGUACCCAGCCAUUUACACACUGCGCAACCGGGACAUGCAGGGAGCCCUGCAGCGAGCCAUCAGCCAGAGGACAUCAGGGACGGCCCACCAGGCUAAGCUUACCUAA